CACUGCACCAACAUCAGUGACUGCACAGCUGUUUCUGACAAGCGGGUGCUCAUGGAGCAAUGAUGUACUGAGCAUCGCACUCGCAUCGUGCCAGAGAAUGUUUGCCACCGCACAUUGUUGAGGUGUAAGAGUACCGGAGACGCACACAUGGCUGCCAGCGUAAGCGCUGUUAGACCAUCAGCGUAUACCAAUGGCACCACCACACCCUCUCCUGCAGAGGAUGUGGAGUUGACGACGCAGCUCCUGAAACUGCAGGAUGUCGUACUUGCUGGAGAGCAUCCGCAGUUCAAGCUGCCGCGGACAGCUAUAGAGCAGCUCAAAGCAGCAUCAAUCGUGCCUGAAGUGGCUGCUAAUCACUCAGCUUAUGCUACUAAUAACGCGUCGACAUCAGUUACACAACCUAAUGGCCUACCUGGUCUGCACACGCCUGUUCCGACUUCUCCUGGGCUCGAUCCCAUCUUCCUUCAGAAAUCUCCUAGUCUCGUAAGAGCAGAAAGAGCGCUCAAGCGCAAACGUAUCGAAGAUGACCUGCAGCUACAGUGUGAGCAACGCAAGCAGGCACGUGGCGGACAUGAUGCUCCCGAGGGCUCGCACAUCAACCUCGACCAAGUGCUCAAAGAGGCUCUGGAUCGUGUGAAGCCUGUUUCGGGCCUGAAGCCAGAGAAGGCGGCAAGCGUGAGCUCCUUCGAUGAGAAUGAUUAUUACUCAAGUCGCGCUCCCAGCCCAUGGUCGUCGAACGCCAGUAGUAGCAAAGGCUCUGACAAAGGCGCAGGUGCCUUUACGGCCGACUUCGAGCGUCUCGAUCCGCGUGUGCCACACACUGCUCUCGCUGAGUCUUCUCGUUCUGCUCAAAAGCGUGCUGUCCCGUCUACUACUUUACAUGCAGCCAAGCGUUCACGUCACGCAGCGUAUGAUGCCAUGAACGAUGACGAUUACGAGCCUGAAGACGCUGAAGACGAAGAUGAUGAGUACAUUCCACCUGAUGCUUCGGCUUUCGAUAGUGCCAGACCGGACAUUGCGGGUGCACGUACUACAGCUCACGUGACGCCGCCAGAGGAUGACAAUUCGGACUACGAGCCUGGAGAGAUCACUCAGGAAAGUGCUGUGCCAACGCCUUACCAGCACCUCAGUCAUGCGGCCCAGCCACCGGCCCAAGUCCCUGUUUUUCGUAACCAUUUGAGCCACAUUGCUGCUCCGCAGCCAAGUCGGGUCUCACCUCUGACCACCACGAAAAGCUCCAACAUUGAGCUGGAACUCGUUAACGGGAAGCCGGAAGUUGUGCGUCCGAAGCCUCAACAUCGCACCUCAAUACGAGAGCGGGUUUCAUCCGCGUCGCCAUCCGCUGCUGGUCCUGGUGGCAAGAGGAACAAGCAGCGCAACAAGAAGCGCAAGAGGGACGUGAACCUGCACGAGCCAAGCAAGAAGCAAAAGAGGCGUCCGGAAAGGUUCGAGCGCGAACGCGAUCGACGUGACCAGAACGGCGGCCGCUCACCCAUGGCUCUAGCCGAACCGGAGCCCUACAUCAAAGACGAGCCUGUCUCCCCGCCACCCUUUGCGCCGGACGUGCCCGAAGUGCCGCACUAUCAGCCACAGUAUAGACCAGCUCCACUGCCUGCCGGAACCAUGCCACCUCGUCAAGCUCCCGCCGCGCAAUACACUACUGCUGAGCCUACUACCCCUGGAAUGCGGUAUCGGCACAACGGAGUCCCUCCUCUACCCCACGACGCAAGGGUGGCAUCUCCGGGUGCUCAUCGUCCGAUUCAACGGGACACGCAAGACCUUAGACGUGUCGCAAGCUUGCAUUACGCACACAGGCCUGCUUCUCCACCUCAGCCGACCUACUCUCCCGUUGCUCCGUAUCGAUCCGCGUCCAUGGCCUACAGUGCUCGACCGCCAACGCACGGGAACGAGGCUCAGCCAUCGGUACAAUACGUCCGCGAUGUACCGUCGCCAGCCCUAGUGCAGUACAGCAAUCUGCAAAGCCAACCCGCAGCGGCUCCACCCCCGAAGAAGCGCAUCAUAUACGUGGACCAAUACGGCAACAGGUACGAACCAGUCGAGCCUGCGACGGCACCCGUCUCCGCGCGAGCUUCUGUUGGACCUGUCGAACGCCGCCCAGUGCCGCCGUCUGAGUAUGAGCGAGCACCAAGCCGCAUGUCGAAUGCAGGCGACGCAUAUCAAGCAAGCCGCUUCAGGCUGGUCGACCGUGCCGGCAUGCCACCUCCGCCGCCACCGCCCCUUAGCCGCAGAGCUGAGCAGCCCGUCGAGUAUGUGGAUCAGUAUGGUCGUCCCGUUCCCGCGUACAGCACAAGGCCUGCAGAGCCAGUCAACUAUGCCCCAGCUCCCACCUCUCCGGUAUACGAAGUACCCCGGUAUGGCACGAUGCCGCCGCCAGCUCCGUAUGAGCGCACAUCGCCGGUCUAUCACGCAUACCCGCAGUACCAGCCGGCACCACCUGCAGCUGAACCUCUUACGGCACCAACCUCGUCAACUAUUCUCCAUUCGCGCCCCCGGCACGAGGCGAUGCCACCACCUCCCGCGCCAAUGGUGGCGCCUCGUCUCCAGGAGAGCUCUCCGGUUUACCAAGCGCCUCCACGCGGCUACAGUGCACAUCCAGAAGCGCUACCGCAAGUCGCCUCGAAUUACGUACGUCAGGGAAGCAUGGCGCCUGUACAGUACUUGCCCCGCGACAUGGCUCCGCCUCCGCAGCCGGCAUCGGUGCGUGCAAUGAGCGUCGCGCCGAGCACGGAGUAUGGAGGACCGUUGCAACAGCCUGCCUAUGCCUACCCAACACAGCAAUCGGUUAGGUAUGUAGACCAGUAUGGACGAGAGCUUCAGCCGGCCCCGGAGUAUACGAGGCAAGGGACUGUGGCGAGGUAUUGAGGGUGCUGUGAUAUGGGCUUGGAGAUGACGAGAGAGGGACAUUGUAGGUUGGGACGUUGCGGACAGUAGCUAAUCGUGCGGACCUACUUCGCAUAUGCUAUCACGAGACAUUGGUAGCUUCCAGCUUACCAAACAGCGCAGAGUAAUACUCCACAUGAACGGAAUGUACACUACCACUUGCUCUAUCGCAGUGUUUGAGUCAUGACCAAUAAAGAGCUACCUUACGCUCCCUUUCCUGCUGCGUCCGCGCUCUGUCACAGAGUGCACACAACACACGUCGUGGAUCCUUCCACGCUGAGCAGGGAAUGCCGUGCACAGUCAGCACGACCCGCAAAUAGCAGAUGUAGCGUGCCUAGACCGUUGCAUGUCUCAUAUGCCCUGGUGUACCCACGUGAGGCGGUUGUCGCAAGAAAGGACGAGACGGCGCCAACAAACCGGUUACACCAGGGGACGAAGCUGGUCUGUAGUCCUUGAUUACGA